UGUGUGUCCGGCCUGUGCGGUUAUGUAAGUGUGUGUGUGUAUCCAAGUGUGACAGAUCGGUGUGUGUGUGUGUGUGUGUGUGUGUGUGUGUGUGUGUGUGUCUGAGUGUGAGAGACCAGGGUGUAUUGUGUGUAUAAGAGAGAGACAGACGGGACCCUGGCUGGUGUAGGUCAGUGGAUUGAGCGCGGGCCUGCGAACCAAGCAAUUGCGGUUCGAUUCCCACUCAGGGCACAGGCCUGGGUUGCAGGCCAGUUCCCAGCAGGGGACUCACGAGAAGCAACCAUACAUUGAAGCAACCUUCCCUUCCCCUCUAAAGAUAAAUAAGUAAAAAUUUUUUAAAAGAGAGGGACAGAUGGAAAGAGCCAAUUAGAAUGUGAGAGACCAGUCCUGGCCCCGUGGCUCAUUUGUUUGGGCCUCCUCCCGUGCGCUAAAAGGUUGCAGGUUACAUCUCAGCUUUGCCCUCCCAGGACACUACUGUUCUCCGAGAGAAGACAGGAAGAGAAGGUGAAAAUGACCGUUGAACUAAUGAAAACUAUACCGCAGGACUUGGUGACAUUCAAGGAUGUGGCAAUAGACUUUUCCCAGGAGGAAUGGGACUGUCUGAACUCCGCUCAAAGGAGUUUAUACAGGAGUAUGAUGUUGGAGAACUAUCAGAACCUGGUAUCGCUGGGACUUUGCAUUUCUAAGCCAUAUUUGAUCUCCUUACUGGAGCAAGGGAAGGAGCCUUGGGACGUGAAGAGCGUGAUGACAAGCUCAUUCCCAGAUUGGGAAUCUAGCUAUGAGACACAAGAAUUAUCUCUGAAGCCAUGCAUGUAUGAUGAUGUGUUAAUGGAGAGCAUUACAAGCUAUGGACUUGAACAUUGCGUUUUUGGAGAAAACUGGAAAGCUAGAGAUUUUUUUGAGGGCCACCUGGUAAGUCAAGAGUCAUUUAUUGGACAAGAAACACUCACUUACAAAAAAACCCUUACUUAUGAAAUAGACCAUAAAUACAACAACUCUGGGAAAUGUGUCCAUCUAGAUUAUGCAGGAGAGAAUGAUUUUAAUCAGAGGUCUGAUAUAAAAAGUUUUUCCAAAAAUUCCAUGAUAAAGAAACACAAAAGAGUCAGUGGAGGAAAGAAACUCUUCAAAUGUAACGAAUGUGAGAAAACCUUCACCCAGAGGUCAUCCCUUACUGUUCAUCACAGAAUUCAUACUGGUGAAAAGCCAUAUGAAUGUAAAGAAUGUGGAAAAGCCUUCAACCAGAGUCAACACCUUGCUCAACAUCACCGAAUACAUACUGGAGAGAAACUCUUCGAAUGUAAAGAAUGUAGGAAAGCCUUCAGCCAAAAUGUACACCUUAUUCAACAUCAACGAAUUCAUACUGGAGAAAAACCGUAUAAAUGUAAGGAAUGUAGAAAAGCCUUCAGCCAGCCUGCACACCUUGCUCAGCAUCGGAGAAUUCAUACAGGGGAGAAGCCCUAUGAAUGUAAGGAAUGUGGAAAGGCAUUCAGUGAUGGCUCCUCUUUUGCCCGACAUCAAAGAUGUCACACUGGCAAAAGACCUUAUGAAUGCGUUGAAUGUGGGAAAGCUUUCAUACAGAACACAUCCCUUAUUCGUCACUGGAGAUAUUAUCACACUGGGGAAAAACCCUUUGAAUGCGUCAACUGUGGAAAAGCCUUCAGUGAUCACAUAGGACUUAACCAACAUAGGAGAAUUCAUAGUGGAGAGAAGCCGUACAAAUGUGAUGUGUGUGGGAAAACCUUCAGCUAUGGCUCAUCCCUUAUUGUACAUCAGAGAAUUCACACAGGAGAGAAACCUUACAAAUGUGAUGUCUGUGGGAAGGCCUUUGGCCAUCACGCAUCACUCACUCAGCAUCAAAGAGUGCAUUCUGGAGAAAAACCUUUUGAGUGCAAGGAGUGUGGGAAAGGCUUUAGGCAGAGUGUACACCUUGCUAGUCAUCUGAGAAUUCAUACUGGUGAAAAGCCCUAUGAAUGUAAGGAAUGUGGGAAAGCUUUCAGCAUCAGUUCACAGCUGGCCACUCAUCAGAGAAUUCAUACUGGAGAGAAGCCCUACGCAUGCAAGGAAUGUGGUAAAUCUUUCAACCAGAGGAUACACCUUGUACAACAUAAUAAAAUUCAUACAGGAGAGAAACCCUAUGAGUGUAAUGAAUGUGGUAAAGCCUUCAGCCAGACUACCUGCCUUGUUCAACAUCAGAGAGUUCAUACUGGAGAGAAACCCUAUCAAUGUACUGAAUGUGGAAAAGCUUUUAGUGAUCGUUCAUCUCGGGCUCAGCAUCAGAGACUUCAUACUGGCCAAAGGCCCUAUGUCUGUGUUGACUGUGAUAAGGCAUUUAGGACAAAGUCAUCCCUCAUUUGUCAUCAAAGAUGUCACACUGGUGAGAAACCUUAUGAAUGUAGUGUGUGUGGCAAAGCCUUUAGCCAUCGUCAGUCCCUUACUGUUCAUCACCGAAUUCAUUCAGGAGAGAAACCAUAUGAAUGUCAGGAAUGUAGGAAAACCUUUAGCCAGAUUGGACACCUUAAUCUACAUAGAAGAGUCCAUACUGGAGAGAGAUCUUAUGAAUGUAAGGAAUGUGGAAAUACCUUCAGACAAAGUGCAUGCCUUGCUCAGCAUCAGAAAAUUCAUGCUACAGAGUCUGCUCAGGCAGCCAGCUUUUCCUCAUCCCUUAUACCACCAAGUCCUAUGGAUAUAUCUGCCAAAUAUUUUUGGAAUUCAUCCACUUCUUUCAUUUCCCAUUGCCCUAGUCCAAAACAGAGUCCUUUUUCCUGGACUAUUCCAAUUGUAUAAGAAAUUGUUUCCUUGCAUUCUCUUAUGUUCCCUUGAAAUUCAUUGUUCACACUACCACCACAGUGCUAUUUUUAAAAUGUAAAUGUAAUAAUAUUACUUUUCUCCUAAAACCCUGUCAAGAAAUUCUAUUUUUUAAUAUUGUUUACUUAUUUAUCUUUAGAGGGGAAGGGAAAAAGAAAGAGGGAGAGAAACAACGUGUACUUGCCUCUCAUGUGCCCCCUCCAGGGGACCUAGCCCACAGCCUAGGCAUGUGCUCUGAUGGGGAAUCGACCCUGCAAUCCUUUGGUUCACAGGCCGUUGCUCAAUCCACUGGGCCAUACCAACCAGGGCCUAUUAAGAAAUUUUAAACUAGUCAAUGCAUAUAAAGUGCUUAGCAUAGCACUUGACUCUUUAGUGCUUGUUUAAUGAUGGGUCAGUAUUCUUAAGAGUCUGUUUUAAUAAAACAGAAACUCUGGAAGGCAGUAUAUCAGUGCCAGGAUAUCAUAACAGCUUUGGAACUCAAACACCAUCUUUGAUGGAUAAUGAGGAUUAGCCUUGUUAUGUUUAAAGCUUGGUGUUGUAACACAGUUAGAGUGGGUUCCUCAUGAGUCUGAGGCUGUGUUCUUCUGUUGGUGACGAAAUUCAGUCACCAAUGAAAGUCACUACUUUGCAACAAAGUCACUACUUUGAUGCAUAGUAUAUGUUAUAGGUCAUGUUUGGAGCUCUGGAUAAGACGAGAACAAUGAAUUAGAAUUUGCUGGGAAAAAUAAAUAUUUAGUCUGGAAAAAAAUAUUAUUAAUAUUUCAAAGUAAAGAAAUAGAGAACUUAAAUAGCCCCUUUUCAAGUUGCCAGUAAUUAAGCUGUUACAAAGUAUAGAAAAAUAUAUUUGAAAUACUACAUUUUUUGUCAUGAGGCUAAUUCAUCUGUGGUCAACCCCAGAAUAAAAUGAAAUUAUAGAUGAAUUUACAGUUAUAUAUAGAAGAAAAAUUAUUGUCCUUUAUUGAAGAAGAACAGAGACUUGGGAUAAAUGGAGAUCUACACGGAUUUUUAGUUGGAAGUUUCAACGUUGUAUAGAUGUCUGUACAUUCAUUUAAUUGCAGGCACUAUCUUUGUAUGAUAUUUCUGCACUGACUGUUUUCUUCUGAAAUUCAUGUAGGAUAGUAACUGGGCAGGCACUUCAAAGAAAUUUUUGAAGAAGAUCACAAACCCGUGAAUUUAGUAAAUUACAAAAAUGGUAUUUUUGAUGUGUCAUUGGGAGGGAUGGAUUAUUUAAAUUUUGUUUGACAAGUAGUUCUCUAACUAGAAGUAAAGUCAGAUCGGCAUGUUAUCCUUUACAGACAAUUGCAUUAAGUAUGGAUUAAAGAUGUAACAGGAGACACAAUAUGAAGAUUCAGGAGCAGAAUGUGGAAUAUUUCUACUAUUUUGGGUUGACGAAGACUUUGGUGAACAGAACACAGAGUUUAGGAGCCAUAAAGAAAAGUGACAUGUAGGACCAUGUAAAAAGUUUAAACCUUUUCCAUGGUAUAAGACACUGUAUGCAACAUUAACAGGUACAGGAAAAGCUGAGAGAGAGUUCAAAUGUAUAUCAUAAAGGAUGUAGCCCUCAUCAAAAGUGCUAUUGGAAACUCGCAAGGAUAAGAUAUAGUCUGGCAAAGUAUACCAACUAGCAGCUCUUCCAUGAAGAACUUAAACAACCAAAUAAAAUAAAGUCCUUAAUGAUACUAAUUACUGGGUAAGUGCAAAAUUUAAAAGUCCCCACUAACAUCCAACCCAUGUGAAUGUACAGGGUGAUUAAUACAUUCAAACCAAAGUUCUCAAACAUCUCCCACCUUGAGUAAUUCAGUUGUCAGCCAUGUUGUUUGUGGAAAAAAUGUCUCAGUUGUUGAACAAAAGUUUGGUUCUUGAACUUAUAACCCUUUCAUGGUGAUACCUGUGUGAUGGGUCACACUUCUCUCAGGUGACAAAGGAAAGAAUGAGUAUGACAAUGAUUCAGUUUUCAAACAAAUUGCUUCUCAAACAGCCUUUUAGAACGAAUUAACUUCUAGAUACCACUGUAUCCAGUACUGUUGCAGAUGUGAGAAAUGAUGUUUUUUACAUUGGGAGGCUAAAUUGUUGGAAAACCACUUUGUUAACUGUCAACAUUGUAAAUAAAAUUAAUUGUAACAAUUCUACAUCUAGGCACUUCUUAAAAGGUACAAGUGCAGAGAUAUACACAUAAGCACAUUUAUUACAGAAUUGUAAAAUACUUGGAACAGCUAUAAUGUCCAACACUCGUAAACUUAAAUUAUGGAAAAUUGGUUCAAGAGAGAUUAUGUAGAAUAAGAUAUCUCUAUAUUCAUAGAAAGUGUUUGUAGUCUAUUAAUUGAAAAUUUAAUGUCUUUACAUAAUAUUGUAGUUUUAAGUAUAUAAAUUAUAAAGUUAAAACUAUGAAAAUGCAUAUACAUCCGAUGUUAUUUUUCUCUACAAUAUAAAUAAAAAACACAAACACAAUUUUACACAAAUGUAUUUGCUGAGCCACUUUGACCCACUUCGAUGCCAUUCCAUAAGGUUUUGCUCAUGUUAGCAGUGGUACAGGGUUCACUUUAAUUCAAUCACAUAUUUUCCUUGGUACACAGGAGGGAGGUGAUACGAACAUCCUUUGGCCACAAUUCAAAGAUGGUACAUAAGUUCCUGCUGUUCUGCUUGCCGUGGGUGGCCUGAUACAUGUUCUUUCCGGAUUGUAUUUCACCAGUAGUUUCUUUUCCUUUUAAAAUGAGAUUAAAUUAUUUUGCUGUCAAUCAAGGAAACCCAACCAAUAGAGAAAUUGGUAGUAUUGGGUAUGUUUCAUGAAAAAGAUCCUCAGAAAAUAUGGAUUAUUAUUAAAGUUUGUUAUUCGAUGGAAUGGAGCAAAAGUUGUUAGGGUCCUAAUCUUACUUCAUGUCAGGAAAGCAUGCAUUGAUAGCGACAGUCAGCUGUGGUCUAGAUCACUGUUGCCUUAAACCAGUAGAGUACAAGAUGUGCCAAUCUAAGGAAUAUGUGUGAUGCCUGUCCAUAUGGAAUUGGGUAAUAGAAAGUGAAAGAAAGAACGACAGCUUAAAAUUUUCGCUUUAAGGCAUGAACUAGAAUGCAGCCAUGUUUGUAAUAUAGUUGUCUAGUUGAUGUCUUCCUUGUAGCACUGUAUGUAUGAUUGCUAAAUGUCUCAGUGCCAAUAAAACUCACUGGCAUUGAGUUUUAUUUUG